AUGGUGGAUCUGGACCGUAUUACCACCUUGCUUGAUAUCGUUGCGGCAAAACUUGAGGCGAGUUUCCACGAUCUCUGUGAAGACAACCUCGGUGGUAGCGAAUUCAGAUAUAAAGGCACAGGCAACGAUGGGUUAGCCAGUUUUCAAAAUCAAAUAGCACCUAUGAAGACUAUCACAGAGUUGGCCGCAUCCCUUGCCCGCCACCACGAUAAUUGCAAUGUUUACAUACCUCCACACUUCGCUAUCCUGGUGAUCGGAGUUAGAUUGGCCACAGGUCAAAGUAUUUCGGUUCCAGCAAUACAGUCGACCGCAUGGAAUGCAAGUUUCGAGCUCAGCCCGGAACAACUCAAGUUGGCCAACCUGACAAGCGACCAGGGCGCCAUCAUCAACACCGUUACCAAUUUCGACCGGUCUCAGCAAACGGCGGAGCUCACGAGGAUGACUUCUACAAUGGCAAUUCUUCUCGUUCAGGGAAAAGAAGGCCCAACAGUGCCAUACAACACGACCAAGACUACAGCCCAAGAGAUAUGCAAGAGAUACCCCGCGGAUCUGGAAUUGUUGGCUGUCCGUCAGGGGAGUCAUUUCGCCGCCAUCAACGCGGCGAAGCAGAUCUGGUUGCGCUGGAUUGAUAAUCGAUUCGAACACCGACGUGUUGACAAGCCUGGUUGCAUCGAGUCCCCACUAGACAGCCUCUUGCCUCUGGAGUACUAUUAG